CGCUUGGCUUCGGCGUCGGCGUCGCUCCGGCGCUGUGGCGCUAGGCCGCCUUCGUUCCGCGGGCCGCGGAUAAAGUGCCGGUGGACAAGGGCGCGCGGAGGGCCGCCAGCCACGCGGUGUCGGCGAGACGCCUGAGCGUCCGAGUCGUGUCGUGACAACGAUUCUGGUGGGUGUUUCCGCGACAGCAGGUGCAGCCGCUUCAGCCCCAAGCGGGCUCGGCGGCUGCCUGGCGAGUCUCUGCUCGCGCCCAGCCCUUUCCUUCCUGGACCCAACGCUAAGCAGCGACGCUGAGCCGACUGCCGGAGCGGCGGGCAAUGGCGGCCUCGACGGCCUCGCACCGGCCCAUCAAGGGGAUCUUGAAGAACAAGAGUUCUACGACUUCCUCUAUGGUGGCCUCGGCCGAACAGCCCGGCAGGAGUGUUGACGAAGAGCUGAGUAAAAAAUCCCAGAAGUGGGAUGAAAUGAACAUCCUGGCGACGUAUCAUCCAGCAGACAAAGACUAUGGUUUAAUGAAAAUAGAUGAACCUAGCACUCCUUACCAUAGUAUGGUAGGUGAUGAUGAAGAUGCGUUGAGUGACUCAGAAACCACUGAAGCCCUGUCCCCAGAUAUCUUAGCUAAGAAAUUAAUUGCUGCUGAAGGCGCAGAGCCGAAGUACCGGGUUCAUGAACAAGAAAGUAGUGGCGAUGAGGAUACUGACCUCUCACCUGAAGAACAAGAAAAAAAGCGACAGUUUGAAAUGAAAAGGAAACUUCACUACAAUGAAGGACUGAAUAUUAAAUUAGCUAGACAAUUAAUUUCAAAAGACCUACAUGAUGAUGAGGAGGAUGAAGAAAUGUCAGAGACUGCAGCUGGAGAAAGCAUGAAUACAGAAGAAUCAAAUCAAGGAUCUGCAAGUGACCAACUGCAAAACAAAUCACAGAGUUCAUAGAAGAGAUUUGCUCAACACUGUAAUUGCCACAUACAAACCCUGUUACUAUAAUAUACUGCUUCUUGUUCUCUACAAUUCAUGACUUAAGUACCAAAAUGCAUACCAGUUAUUAUAUAUUGCCAAUAAUUAAAUAACUUUAGAGACUAAUUAGACUGAAAAUGCCUAAUUGAUACAUAUAUUCUUGUGCCUAAUACUUCACCACAAAUACAGUAGUGUCAUCAGUCCAGUCCAAAACUAUAUUACUUUUGUAAGAACACUGGUUAAUUUGUAUCAGAUAUGUAGCUUUUUAUGUUUUAGAAGUUAAAUAAAAUCUUGGGUGGUGAGGGGAUCUAAUUUAUUUUCUUCACUUCUAGAUGUGAUAGCUCUUAUAAAAAGUUGAGUUUUUUUAAAAAUCAAAAUCCAUUUGGAACAACCGAUCAUACGCUGAUAGAUAUUCAGUUUGAAAAGUAUUUUAACACAUGCCCUUCUGUUUAAUUGAAAAGGAUUAUAAGAGUUACCGUUGCAUUUCUGGCAUACUGUCUUUAAAGUUCCUGUUGAGUUUCUUUUAUGUUUAAAGGAAAGGAUUAAACUUUAUCUCAUCAAAACUAGCUGUUUCCAAAAAUAAAUUAGCAGGUUAAACUUGCACUAACGUCUGCUCUUACUUUUUGUGUACACUCCAUGGGCAGACUUCAGAUCAGUUUUUAAAUACAUAUGAUAUAGUCUCCACAUUCCCUUUGUAUACCUGUCUAAAUCUCCCACCUUUGUUUCUUACUCCUUUCCACAUAUACGCACACAAUCCUUUACCUUUAUAAAGGGUCAUAAAGAUUGUCAUGAUUUUAGUAACUUUUCCUUCUCUCACAUAUCCUGUCAUUUGCUACAACAAUGAAAUCUUAUUUUGACUAUCAAUGCCUAUUGGUUUUUCUAAUACAUGGAGAAAAUAGAUUGAAUAGCAGCAGUACUAUAGAUGGGAAAUACAAUUCAACUGUGGAUUUCUACAGUUCUCUGAUUUACAGCUUGCUAGUUGAAGUGCUAUUAUUAGUUUAUUGUUUGACUUAAUUAGACCUCAGAAAAACAACUGAGAGUUUUUAUUUUUUGCAUGAUGAGAGAAUUGUGUGUAACCAGUGAUGAUAGUUCCUAAAUGUAUAGACAGAAGUAAUUCUGAACACAUUUUUAUUUAAAAACUUUAAAUAGUCCCUGCUUUAAGGGAAUAUGAUAAUGUAUACUAUGACAAAUGUACUUUAUUCUUUUAACACAGUAAGAUUUGGACUUUUUCCCCUGAAAUGAAGUGCAGUUCCUAUAAUUCUUGGUUUAGUGAUGGUUUCAUUUCCAGUCAAUUAUUUGUGUCUUAAUUUUUUUGUUAGUACCAAAAGAAUUCAUUAUAUGAACAGACUUUUAAAAUAACUUCUGUAUAUUGUAUAUAUGAAUUGGCUUUUAUUCAACAGCUUAUCUUCCACUUGCAAGUUUAUGGAAAUAUCAAUAUGUCAAAAUAAAUAAAAAGUGGGAGAAUUC